GCCUGGCCGCACAAGUCACAGCCAUACAGGGAUCAAGAUCACUUCGCCCCCCCAGAGGCAAAAAGAGCAAGGCGAGCAAGCGAGAAUGGAAGCACCUAGCAGGCUAGCUACCCGAUCCAUGUUGCUGCUGCUCCUUCAAGAUCCUUCGCUAGCAUAGCUAGCUAGCAAGCGAGCAUCAUAUCCUCUUCCUCUUCUCUCCUCUCUCUCUGGUUCUUGCUCCAGCUGCUAGCUGCUUCCUUCGGGCAAGGCCGGAGUGCAAUCGAUCGAUCAGCUGAGCUGCCUGGUGGUCGAUCACGGAGCUCGGCGGCGGCGGCGAUGGAGGAGCAGCUGAGCCCGGUGGCCGUGACGCACCUGCUGCAGCACACGCUGCGGAGCCUCUGCACCAGCGGCGCCGACGACUCGCAGUGGGUCUACGCCGUCUUCUGGCGCAUCCUCCCCCGCAACUACCCUCCCCCCAAAUGGGAUCUCCCCGGUGGGGCAUACGACAGGACAAGAGGAAACAGGAGGAACUGGAUUCUGGCAUGGGAGGACGGAUUCUGCAACUUCGCGGCCACCUCCGCCGCCUGCGGCGGCCAGGACGGCGGCGCGGCGGCGGCGGCGUACGGAGCAGCGGAAUGCGAGGCGGCGGCGCAGGACGCAGCGAAGCAGGCCUGCGGCGGCGGCGGCCUGCAGCCGGAGCUCUUCUUCAAGAUGUCGCAUGACAUCUACAACUACGGCGAAGGGUUGAUAGGGAAGGUGGCGGCGGACCACAGCCACAAGUGGGUGUUCAAGGAGCCGCAGGAGCAAGAGAUCAACCUCAUCUCCUCCUGGAGCAACCCUGCCGACUCUCAUCCGAGGACAUGGGAGGCUCAGUUCCAGUCUGGUAUCCAGACCAUCGCCCUGAUCGCUGUCAGAGAGGGCGUCGUGCAGCUCGGCUCCAUGAAAAAGGUGGCGGAGGACCUGAGCUACGUGGUGGCGCUGCGGCGGAAGUUCGGGUACCUGGAGAGCAUCCCGGGGGUGCUGCUGCCGCACCCGUCGUCGGCCGGCGCCACGGCGCCGUUCCCGGGCGGCGGCUGCGUCGUCGGCCCGCCGGACGCCGCGGGGUGGCCGGGCAUGAUGCCGCCGGUGCCGCCGGAGCUCUACGUCGACCCUUACGGCGCCGCCGCCGCCGCCGCGGCGGCGGCGGCGGCCGGGCCGCCAGCGUCCAUGCAGAUAAUGCCGUCGAUGAGCAGCCUAGAGGCGCUGCUCUCGAAGCUCCCCUCCGUCGUGCCGGCACCGUCGCCGCCGCCACCGGGGUCGUCCAUGCCACAGUCCGGCGGCGCCGCGGCGGCGUCGUCAGCACCCGUGGCGGCGAAGGAGGAAGCGGAUCAGGACGACUACGUCCAGUGCCACGGCAUGGCCGACGACAUGGCGACCAACGGCGGGGAGAGCACCAGCAGCGCCGCCGCCACCCCAUUGCCGUCGUCCUACUUCGUCAACGUGGGCGUCAAGCCCAGCGAGGGGUUCUAGCCUCGGCCCUAGCUAAGCUAGUUAGCCAUACUAGCUAGUAGCUACUCUUCUUCUUCUUCCUCUCCUCGUGUCUCUUUCAAAAGUGUACGUGUACCUGUGGGCGCCAAGGCAUGGCAAUGCAUGGCAUGGUGUUCAUCA